CUGGCUGCAGAAAUGUGCUCAAUUAGGGUUAACUCAAACUGAAUCAAACUUCAUGCCUUAGGUUGGAAAUCUUCCCAGUCAACUCACCACGGCCACAGAGCAUGGUGGGAGACGAGGCGAGAGGGGAGAUGAACACUUUUCAGAGAAACGAAUCCAAGGAAAGUUUGUUCACUUUUAUUUCUGCAGGAGAUGAUCCCCCCAAAGAUUUCCCUGUUCAGAAAAAAUCUCCGAAACUCUGUGGCUCCAACUACCCCCUGAGCAUUGCCUUCAUUGUGGUGAAUGAGUUCUGUGAGCGGUUCUCCUAUUAUGGCAUGAGAGCUGUCCUGACGCUGUACUUCAUAAGCUUCUUCCACUGGGAUGAGAAUCUGUCCACUGCUGUAUACCAUGCCUUUUCUGCUCUCUGUUAUUUCACACCUGUCAUUGGAGCCAUCAUGGCAGACUCGUGGUUGGGGAAAUACAAGACAAUCAUCUACCUCUCCAUUGUGUAUGUGGUCGGCCAUCUGAUAAAGUCAGUCGGUGCCAUUCCAUCCCUAGGCAACCAGGCAGUUCAUGUGGUCCUGUCUAUGGUUGGUCUGUUUUUGAUCGCCCUUGGAACGGGAGGUAUCAAGCCCUGUGUCUCUGCAUUUGGUGGGGACCAGUUUGAAGAGGAACAUACCUCAGAGAGAAGCAAGUUUUUUUCCGUCUUCUAUUUAUCCAUUAAUGCUGGAAGUUUGAUCUCUACGUUUGUAACGCCUGUAUUAAGAGGGGAUGUGAAAUGUUUUGGAGAGGAUUGUUAUGCACUGGCUUUUGGUGUCCCAGCAGCACUGAUGGUGUUGGCGCUUGUUGUGUUCAUAGCUGGAAGCGGACUGUACAGAAAAACACCACCACAAGGAAACGUCUUACUUGAAGUGUGCAAAUGCAUUGGAUUUGCUAUUAAAAACAGGCUGAAAAAUCGCUCCCGACAGAUUCCAAGGAGAGAUCACUGGCUUGACUGGGCAUCAGAACAGUACUCGAAACAGCUGAUUGGGGAGGUUAAAAUGGUGACACGCGUUCUCUUUCUCUUUUUACCACUGCCGAUGUUCUGGGCCCUGUUUGAUCAGCAGGGAUCCAGGUGGACUUUGCAAGCUACAAAGAUGAACGCUGACUUUGGAAUAUAUGUUCUUCAGCCUGACCAAAUGCAGUUCUUAAAUCCACUUCUUAUUCUUGUCUUCAUCCCAAUUUUUGACCUUGGGCUCUAUCCUCUGAUAAACAUGUGCAAAUUUAAUUUCACACCUAUUAGGAAAAUGGCAACAGGUAUGAUCCUUGCAGGGAUGGCAUUCGGACUAGCAGCCAUUGUAGAAGUCAAAAUAAAUGAAACCGAUAUGCCUCAACUUGUCCCAAAAGAAAGUUUAAUUCAGGUCCUGAAUUUGGCAAAGAACCCAGUUCAAGUGACAAUCCAAGACCAGAACCUAUUUCAGCAGCCAGUGGAGGCUUUCCAGAACCCAGAUGAGUACUCACAUUUAAUAUUGAAUGGAGAGCAACAGAGCCUUCGCUUCAUCCUGCAACAUCAAGGAUCAUCUCUUGCUUUUAAUUACACCGUGAAGGAAAAAUCAGUGUACAGUUUAAUUGUUUUUGAGGCGGAAGGAAGCCUAUCAAGUCACUUAAUUACAGACUUGGAAACAAAGCCAGAAAAUGGUUUGGCAGCAGUUAGAUUUAUUAAUGGUUUGAGCCAAGAUGUCAACCUCACCAUUGACAGCAAACCGUUCAUAUCUGUUCAGAGAAACUAUGGUGUUUCUGGGUACUCACUGGUAGAGAGGGACACAUAUGAUAAUGGAAAAUGCAUAACUGAAACUGGGGAAUUCACCCUGGACCUAGGGCUGAUUGACUUUGGUGCAUCGUACACUGUUGUGAUAACUAAUGUGUCUGGAGGUGCAGUUCAGACAUGGAAGUCAGAAGACAUCAAAGCCAACAAUGUCCAUAUGGCUUGGCAAUUACCACAGUACUUAUUAAUAUCUGCUGGAGAAGUGAUGUUCUCCAUUACGGGUCUGGCCUUCUCCUAUUCUCAGUCUCCAGCCAGCAUGAAGUCAGUGCUGCAAGCAGGCUGGCUGCUGACAGUGGCUGUUGGGAAUACCCUUGUGCUUGUUGUUGCCCAGGCUGCACCUAUGGCGCAGUGGGCUGAAUUUGUCUUGUUCACUGUUCUACUCUUUGCUGUGUGCAUUAUUUUCUCCAUCAUGGGAUAUUUCUAUGUCAGUGUGGAUCCAGAGGACCUAGAAGAAAAGGAAGAGAAGAGAGAGACCCCAAAUAGAGGAAACAUGAUUAGUCUUGUUACUCAGAAAACAAAGCUCUAACACAUUUUGGGUUGGGAUCUUUCUUUCCCUUCUGUCUUUCUUUCCCUUCUGUCUUUCUUUCCCUUCUGUCUUUCUU